AUUACUCGCUGCAAAGUACGCCUCCACUUUGUCCACUUAACCCCUCGUCUGGCCAACGAAACGCACCUUUGAGCGAAAUCGCUGUCUCACGACAUACGUGGUGACAUCGGGCUGGCGGGCAAACGGCAACAGGCAAGCUUAUACCCAUCAAUCCGCACCGGAAAAGCGUGGACAUGGGCCGCUUGGCCCCGCCGUCCCGGCUUCUGUCCGGAUCAUCGCAGCUGCUGCUGCUGAUGCUGAUGCUCGGCACGGUUGCAAGAGUUGCAAAUGGUUGUCAGAUAUCAGGAGUGCAGGUGAGUGCCAGGAGUGAAACAACGAUCACAGUCACGUGGACGGAGGUCGGUGUGGACGCCACCAGCUACGUCUUACAAUUAACCGACCGAAUCACACUCACAUUCUCGUCCUUCACUGUCAAUGGGAGCGCCUCCAACUUCACAUUCACGGGACUGGUGCCUAACAGAUACUACAUCAUUGCCAUAACUGUCAACUGCAUUGGCACAAGACACGUCUCUUACACCGUGUACGACAGCACAUUGCCACCCAAAGUCAAUGUGACCAUUACUGACAAGACAAUGACAAGCAUGAGCUUCUCAUGGGAGGUUCCUUCCUCCAGUUUGUACUACAGUGCUCGCUUGAAAGACAAUAACAACAUAAACCAGUCCUCGUAUGUGCUGUCUACGGGUAGCAUCACAUACACCAAUCUGAUUCCUGACACAAACUACUAUGCAUAUGUGGAGACGAGAAAUCUUUAUUGCUCCCAAGGAUCUGAUGUGGUCAUGGAUAGAACCUUGCCAGCCAAAGUCAAUGUCAGCACCAUUGCCAAGAAUGCGACCACCAUAACGGUGUCAUGGAACAUGUCCUCUGUUGACCUGUACUACUACUAUACCACCUCCUUAAAAGAGCGUCAAGACGGACCAAAUCUCCAAUCUCAGACCAGGGCAACAUUACCACCGAGCGUUACAUUUACUGGUCUGGUACCUGGAAGGAAUUAUUUUAUUUUCGUGACAAUCAACAUCCGGGGAUCAUAUACUAUAUCAGUCACUGUCACGGAGAGAACAUUGCCCCCCAAACCUACUUUGUCCAUCACUGCCAAUACCAUGACGACUAUGACGGUGUCGUGGGCAGCCCCUGCCUCUGACGUGGACUACUACCUGGUCUACUUGAGAGAGACAGCAAACGGAACCUUAGUCAAAACCAAUAAUGUAACUUCCAGACCAACAACGUUCAAUGAACUGGUUCCUGGGAGGAAUUAUUCUGUCUCUAUAGAGGCUCACAGCGCGGAUCUGUUCCAGAUAUCAGAUGCAGUCAUGAGUAGAACCUUGCCUCCAAAAGUCAAUGUCACCAUCAGUGUCAGCAGCCCUACAGCCAUGACGGUCUCAUGGGUGGCUCCUAUUUCAGACCUUGACUACUACGUGGUCCACUUAAGUGAAACGUACAACGCAACAGCAGUGAAGAGCUUCAUUUUGUCCUCCACCAUUACAACACAAGCAUUUACUGAUCUGGUCUCUGGAAGAAGUUAUAACGCUUAUGUAACAGUAUACAGUGGCAUCAACUCCCAACCGUCAGACAUUGUCACGAAUAAAACCUACUUGCCAAUUCGGCUGGCUGGGAGUAACACCGCAUGUCAGGGCCGGGUGGAGGUGUUCUACAAUGGCCAGUGGGGCACGGUGUGUGACGACCUCUGGAGCCCACAGGAUGCCAAGGUCGUGUGUCGUCAGCUGGGUUGUGGGCUCACUGCCUUUGCCGUGUCAUUGGCUCGCUUUGGAUUGGGCAGUGGCUUUAUCUGGCUCGACGAUGUUCAGUGCUCUGGUUAUGAGACUCAGCUCUCCGACUGUAGUCAUCGUCCCUGGGGGACGCACAACUGCGGCCACAAUGAAGAUGCCUCAGUCAUCUGCUUGCAAGUGCCAAGUUUCAUCGUUUUAACCAUCACCAACAAGACUACCACGACCAUGACAGUCUCAGGGACGACUUCUCUCCCGGAAUUGUUCUCCUACUGGGCCUACUUGCGAGAGACUGCGAGUGGAUAUUUGGUUACAACAUUGCGGAUUAACUCAUCCACGGAAACAUUUACUGGCCUGGUUCCUGGAAGGAACUACUCCGUGUCUGUGGAGGCUUCAAAUACAACCUUUUCAUAUGAGUCAGAUGUGGUCACGGACAGAACUUUGCCUCCUAAAGUCAAUGUCACCGUCAUCGUCCACAACUCUACAGCCAUGACGGUCUCAUGGGUGGCUCCAAUUUCAGAUGUUGACUACUACAUAGUCUACUUAAAUGAAACUUACAACGCACAAGCAGCAUAUCACUUCAAUUUUUCCUCCAAUGUUACAAUGCAGCGCUUCAUUGGUUUUGUUCCUGGUAGAAGUUACCAGAUAUCUGUAACAGCGUACAGUGGCAUCAAUUCCCAAUCAUCAGCCAUCGUUACUAAAAGGAGCUUUCCUCCACAAGUCAAUGUUACCGUCAUCGUCAACAGCCCUACAGCCAUAACAGUCUCAUGGGUGGCUCCGACUUCAGACGUUGACUAUUACAUGGUCUACUUAAAUGAAACCUACAAUGCAACAGCAGUGAAGAGCUUCAUUUUGCCUUCCACCGUUACAACACAAGCAUUUACUGAUCUGGUCCCUGGUAGAAGUUAUAACGCUUCUGUAACAGUAUACAGUGGCAUCAACUCCCAACCGUCAGACAUUGUCACGAAUAGAACCUUGUCAAGUUACAUCGUUUUAACCAUCACGAGGAAGACUACCACGACCAUGACAGUCUCAGGAACGACUUAUCUCCCAGACUCGUUCUCCUACUGGGCCUACUUGAGAGAGACUGCGAGUGGAAACUUGGUUACAACAUUCCAGAUUUACUCAAACGUGACAACAUUUACUGGCUUGGUUCCUGGAAGGAACUACUCUGUAUCUGUGCAGGCUUCCGAUGGGUCUGUCUCAUAUUGGUCAGAUGUGGUAAUGGACAGAACCUUGUCAAGUUACAUCGUUUUAACCAUCACGAGGAAGACUACCACGACCAUGACAGUCUCAGGAACGACUUAUCUCCCAGACUCGUUCUCCUACUGGGCCUACUUGAGAGAGACUGCGAGUGGAAACUUGGUUACAACAUUCCAGAUUUACUCAAACGUGACAACAUUUACUGGCUUGGUUCCUGGAAGGAACUACUCUGUAUCUGUGCAGGCUUCCGAUGGGUCUGUCUCAUAUUGGUCAGAUGUGGUAAUGGACAGAACCUUGUCAAGUUACAUCGUUUUAACCAUCACUAGCAAGACUACCACGACCAUGACAGUCUCAGGAACGACUUAUCUCCCAGACUCGUUCUCCUACUGGGCCUACUUGAGAGAGACUGCGAGUGGAAACUUGGUUACAACAUUCCCAAUUUACACAAACUCGUCAACAUUUACUGGCCUGGUUCCUGGAAUGAACUACUCCGUGUCUGUGCAGGCUUCCGAUGGGUCUGUCUCAUAUUGGUCAGAUGUGGUAAUGGACAGAACUUUGUCAAGUUACAUCGUUUUAACCAUCACCAACAAGACUACCACGACCAUGACAGUCUCAGGAACGACUUAUCUCCCAGACUCGUUCUCCUACUGGGCCUACUUGAGAGAGACUGACAGUGGAAACUUGGUUACAACAUUCCCGAUUUACUCAAACUCGUCAACAUUUACUGGCCUGGUUCCUGGAAUGAACUACUCCGUGUCUGUGCAGGCUUCCGAUGGGUCUGUCUCAUAUUGGGCAUAUAUAAUGGACAGAACUUAUCCAGCAUCUGUCAGAGACUUUUCUUGCUUUCCGUAUUCCACGGAGAAUAUUUCCUGCAGUUGGUCUCUCCCCGACGGUGUAUGGAGCAUGCUGUACCUGGAAGUGAUCAACGGCAAUGAUCUAUUGCAGUCCGUAGGCAUCUUCAACAAUAGCCUCGAAGUCUAUACCAUGUAUUCUUUGAAUGAAAUAAUUACGGAGCCUCGGGGAAUGGAAGAACAAAUUUAACAUUUGCCAUGCUUGGACGUCUGGAGCGGAACACUGAAUACUUGGUCAAUAUCACCACCUAUUCAGGAAAAUUGUUCAGUAAAACUCUACAAGGAAAAGCAAAGAUCGUAAGCGCUCCUCCACCCGUUUCGGAGACGGUGUACAUCACGACGGUGCAGAACCAGGUGACACCGAGCAGCCUAACAAUCUCCUUCAGCUGCAGCUGGUUCCAGAACACAAACGGCGACCUCAAGUACUACACGGUCAUCGUCAAGCAGUCCAAGGGUACCAGCAGCGAGAGUCCAGAGAAGAGGUGGCCUCUGAGCACGUACUCAGAAUAUGCGAGUGGAAGCACGAACGUGUACCAGGUGGACGAUCGUGUUUACCCCUCCGAGUGCUCCAACCCCAACUCCGUCGUCAGUGUCCAAAUUGGUACCGGCAGAACGAGCAGCAGCUUCUCCAAUGGCCCCUUAAAGCAAAACACUGCCUACAGAAUCAGUUUCCGUGUCUACACGUACCUCCCAAACGUACGCUCUGUCCGCGCUGGAGGGGUAGCCAUCUUCACGGACACACGCUUCUCUCUACCACUCAUGACAUUAUUGAGUGUCAUCGGAAGCUCGGGAAGCAUCGUUGGCCCUGUGGUGGGAGGUGUGGUGGGAGGUGUGCUGGGAGCAUUGGUGAUCAUUGUUGGAGGGGUCUUACUCUACGUACGCCGGGAGCGGCUGAACUGUUUCAAGAGACCUGAUUCCACACAGCAAACUAGAAGAAAAUGGGAUGAACUCCCGGCUAUACCAAGUGGCAUGAAAAAGGAUGUUGGUGAUGCAAGUCAUAAGGCCGACAAUGAAUACAUGAAUUCUGACGACUCAGUUUAUGAAGAUCUGGAUAAUGGUAAACGCCAAGAGAACCACGACUCGGGUGCACCGUCGAAGACAGAAGAUGAUGCCAAGACCGUGGGCAGUUCCGAUCCCACCUAUCUCGCCCCCGACAAUGCAUACGUCAAUGUGAAAUAGCCAUUCAAGUCACUCUCCACCUCCUCCUGUUCGAUAUAAAAAAAACGGCUCCUCUACUAUGUUUCAAAACAUGAACCAGACCUUCCCUGUGCUGGGUUCAUAUUAAGGUCAAUUUUACCUUGUACUCAAGGUUAAUUAAUUCGUGCCAGGUACAAAUUUAUCAGGUGUGAUAUUGUUAUAAUGCCACCAGCGGGCCGACAUUGCACUUAUUCGAGAACAAAUAUUUAUCUUGCAAAAACUGCUCUGCAUUUUUGCAGCUGAGCUUAUAGAUAUGUGCUUGUAUCGGGUAUCUGUACUAGUCUAAGGGUACCGAUGCAAGUGUAAUGGUCUCUGGAAAUCUAUAGGCGUCUGCUUCGAAUGGUUGAUGUAGGUGUAGAGUAACAACUAUAAUUUUACGUUGAGGUGGUUGAGCCAGAUGAUUGUGUCAGAUGUCGUGGAUUGUACUGCUCUGAUGAUGCCUCCCCCCUUCGUAUUUGUGAAUUGGGCAUUGAAGAGUCAUACCUUCUGUGGUCUACUCUGGGUGAACACAGGUACACACUACCGGAGAGUUUUUAUUUUCAAUUGUGCUUAAAGUAACCGUAUCUGCCAUUGUUUGUGUGGAUUCACUUUGGGGUUGUGCCCAUAAUUUUCGUGGAAAAUUAAAGCCAUGGAUCGUCUGCGUCGGGUCUUGAUUCUGGGUUAACGUGUUAUAAAUAUAACACAUUAACCUAGAAUCAACACAUUUGGCGAUAUAAAUAUAUAUGCAUUACUUACCAACAUAGCCUAUACGGGAGUUCAUCUAUAGAGUGUUAAUCUGUUGCUAUUCUUUGUUAAGAUUAUCGGUUUCAUGUCAGACUCAUUUGUGGCUACAUGGUGAUGACACACAGGAUGUGAGGAUCAGUAAUAAUUAUCAAAAUUAUAAGUAAUCGAUCAUUUUUCACAAUCACUUGAAAUGAUAAAACCCAAAUCCUCUGCAAAUUUCGCGUUAAAAUUAAUACAUUUUACCCAUUGGAUGUGUCAUGGUACUCUUUUAACAUCAAUGGUGUGCCAAGGUGGGGAGAUGUUAACUACCUUGCCUGGUAUACAGGAGGUCGUGGGUUCGAUCCCGACCCUGAAGCCUGUUGUAUAUUUGGAGCUUGCGUGUUCUCUCCGUGGUCAUGUAGAUUUUUCUCAAAGUCCUCCGAUUUUGCCUUCCACAUUUUAGAAUCGACAUCACGCAUUUAGAGUAUUUGGCUGCUAUAAAUGUCCAAAUGAUAAGCAAUUACAUUGAGCUAUCAAUUGUGAUAACCAGAUCGCUUCUAAAAAUAGUUAUAAAGCUCAGUGGGCCUUGUCUGGUAAAAUAAAAAUAGUUUAGUUUAAGGAUCACCAUGUACUUUAUUUGUAUUUACCAUGUAAUUAAUAUGUAUCCACUAUAUAAUACAGCUGGUUUAAAGUUAAUGUGUAGGUUUAGUUCUAUAAAAUGUUAAGGUAAAUGGGAGUAAAUUAAACACCUUAAUUAUAUACACGUGAAUUUUUCCCAUUAAAAUUGUGACUUAAUGUCUAAAUGUUAUACUUCUUUAUGACAGGUAUUUGGCUAUAAUCAGGAGUAUCUGCUUUCAUGUCCUCAUAAACUUUAUUGACACCCGCAUCAAUUUCCUUUUUUUUCACAAAGAAACACUUCCCCAUGAGAGACAUGCAAGGACGAAUGCGAGAGCUCAUUUUCUGUGAGUUUUAGCUGCUAUCAAAUUGUUGUUAAUCAGAAAAUUCACUCUAGGAGGCCGCUAUAAACAGUACAUGAUACGCAGUUUGAUGCCAUCUUAGAAAUACAGGAAAUCCUUUCCUCUACACAUUUUUUUUCAUUAAAAAAAUGUAUUGUGCAAAGUAUAUUUAAACGCUCGACAAUGUUAAUAAUAUUUACAUUCGCAAUACUUCCUGUUUAUUGCUUGGGUUGAUGUGUGGUAACAUAACAGAAAAGGAGGGAGUGUCGUAUUACAUAAUCGUAAAAAUCUAUACUACAAGAGGAAACCGAUAAGGUAUAAGGCUCUAUUUCGAUUAAAAGCUUUCAUGACUGCAGGGAUUCAUCUUCUUGGUUCUUUCGGUAAAGUCACGUAGAAGGGAAGUAAUAAAAUUAUAAAAAUAAAACAUAAUAAAAUAAUUCUCACGACGUUUCGGACACAACACAAGCAGCCGUCCUCAGGUGAAGACCAGGUCUGUCGAGGCGACAGCGUCUUUUUAUUUUAUUACGUUUUAUUUUUAUUAUUUUAUUACUUCCCUUCUACGUGACUUUACCGAAAGAACCAAGAAGAUAUAAGGCUCUAUUUCACAGAUGUCCAAUAGGGGGCGGGUAAUAACGUUACAACAAACAAUACAAAACACGAUAAGAGUGCAAAGUAUUAGGAAAGGUUAAAACAACUGUAAACCAAACUACAGUUUUCCCAUAUGCCUUUGAGUUUGGAGAUCGCGGAAUCCUUGAACCAAUUUCAAAUAAAGUGUAU